AUGACCAAACCCAAGCUCAAAGAUCACCACCACCACCAUCACCUUCUACCUCAAAAUGAUGAAUCAGAAUCGGAAUCCCACCACCCCAAACUCGACCCCGAAUCCCACCGCCAGUCCCCGUCCAAAUCCAAAGCACCCAAGUCCACCCCGAGCAUUCUACACCUCACCCUGCUAACCACCUGCACACUGCUCCUCCUCACCUUCGCAAUCCUCAUCAUCGGCCCCUCUCGUCUCCUCCCCGCGCUCGACAUCACCGAAUGUGCAGUAACUCCCGACGCAACCAACCCGCAUCUGAGAGUGUACGCCGACAUCCCGGAUCUCGAACGAAUCCCGGGAUCCGCACCGCACCAGCAGGAACAUGGACAUGGACAUGGGUAUGAGCCUAGAACCUGGGAAUCCAUGCUCAUCCCCCCAAGUGGCGGCGGGAUCCGCAUCCUCCCCGAGACCAUCGCGGACCCGUCGCCCGAGUUCCCGGCCCCGAACACUACCCACAAGUUCGGACACGGCAUUGCCAUGUUCCACCAGCUGCAUUGCUUGAUUGUGCUCCGCGGGGUGGUUUUCCCGGAGGAGGGCGCGAACUCCACGAGGAGUACGAGUCACCAUGGGCAUGGCCAUGGCGGUGCUUUGCGGGGGGAUUUGGAGCAUUGGGCGCAUUGUUUUGAUUAUAUUGCUCAGGUAUUCCUCUCUCUCUCUCUCUCUUUCUCUCUCUCUUAUGUUUGUGGAUGUGGUUUCUGGGUUGAUUGUGUUGGAGAAGCUAACCGGUUGUUCGGUAGGCCCUGAUUUGUGCUGCGGAUGAUACCGUCGAGAGGACCAAGAAAGUGGUCGAGGACGGGAGAGCGUAUUGGCAUGUUGAUGGCGUCGGCGCUAUGCAUCAGUGUCGGAAUGCGAGGGCGCUAUGGGAGAUCUCCAUGCGGGCGGAUCAAGAUCCCGUGGACAUGUCCUCGUGGGCCGGGGCAGAAGGAGCGCGAGAGUUCUUUGCAGAGGAGUUAAAAUCUCCAUAUCAGUAUGAUGUCUCGGAUAUCUACUUCGCCGGGACUCAUGAUCUAUAAUUGUGUGUGGCUUUUGAUGCUAUGGAUGGGUGGGGGAGUUAU